AUGAAGCCAUCACUACUCUUGCAAAAGCUUCUUUUUCAAUUGUCUCAAGCAAUUCUGUGGUGUUGUUCUUCCAUUCUCAUCAUUGCCAUCAUCAUAUUAUUCCAACAUGUUUCUGCUGAAAAUCUACCAAACAAUGAAACUGUGCCAGCAGUGAUUGUGUUUGGAGAUUCCAUAGUUGAUUCCGGCAACAACAAUUAUAUCAGUACUAUUGUCAAGUGUGAUUUCUCACCAUACGGACGAGAUUUUGGUGAUGGAAAUUAUCCAACUGGAAGAUUCAGCAACGGAUUAGUUCCAUCAGAUAUCAUUGCUGCAAGAUUCGGAGUCAAGAAACUUUUACCACCUUACCUUGAUCCGAAUUUGCAACUUGAAGAUCUCCUCACCGGUGUAAGCUUCGCCUCCGGCGGUGCCGGAUAUGAUCCUCUAACAUCCAAAUUAAUGUCUGUGAUAUCAUUAACAGAACAACUAAACAUGUUUAAGGAGUACAUAAACAAGAUUAAGGAAGCAGUUGGAGAAAACAGAACAUCAAUGAUAGUGUCAAAGAGUAUAUACAUAAUUUGCAUAGGAAGUGAUGACAUUGCGAACACUUAUGUUCAGACACCAUUUAGAAAAAUUCAGUAUGAUAUUCCAUCAUACACAGAUUUUAUGGCUUCUGAAGCCUCAAAUUUCUUUCAGGAACUUUAUGGAUUAGGAGCAAGAAGGAUCGGAGUGUUUGGUGUACCAGUUAUAGGUUGUGUGCCCUCACAAAGAACAAUUAGUGGAGGCAUCCUUAGAGCAUGUUCAUAUUCUACAAACCAAGCAGCAAUACUCUUUAACUCAAAGCUCUCCAACCAAAUGGAUGCACUUCAAAAGAAGUUUCCAGAUGCUAGAUUUGUCUAUCUUGAUUCCUACAAUCCAUUCCUUGAUAUGCUUCAAAACCCUACAAAAUAUGGUUUUGCCGAGGUAGAGAAAGGAUGCUGUGGCACAGGGAACAUAGAAGUGAGCAUAUUGUGCAACCGUUACAGCCUUAACACAUGUUCCAACGACUCUGAUUACAUUUUCUGGGAUAGUUAUCAUCCUACUCAAAAGGCUUAUUUUGUGCUUAGUUCUUUGAUUCUUGAUCACAAAAUCAAAGACUUCUUUUGA